AUAUAUGUAGAUGGUAUAGCGUGAUCGCUCCUAUUGCAGGAGUCUUUCAUAUACUAAUUUCUAAUAUUUUUGGUUGAAAAAUCAAAUUUAAGAUUUCAAAUUCCAAUAUAAUCGAUUGAUAAAAUAUAACUGAAUCUUAAUAUGUUUAAAUUAUCAAGUGUUACUGUUUUAGCUGGCUGGUCGGUCCUACAAUGCAUAAAUUGUGAAUAUAUUAGUAUUGUACGCUCAGUAAAUAUUCCAUCUUUCCAAAGGCUAAAUAAUGCCGAAAAAUUAUUUCUCAAAAUACUAGAAGGAUGCGAGAAUAGUUCUCUCUUUCUUCGAGUUGUUAGAUCGUCUGAAAAAUGUCCAGCGGAUGAUGUCAAAUUUUAUUUAAAAUGGCGAUCUUUUCCUGUAAUCAACCCCAAGAAUGAUAGUACACUCUACCCACCGGAAGUGAUUGGUAUUAAUGAGAAUACAGUACAAAUAAAUUUAAAACCUGGAGGAAAUGUAGUACAAUAUAAUUUCCGUCCAUCUUCAGGCGACUAUUUUGGAAUGGUGAUGCUUAUGAAUAAAAGAAACGUGAUAAAAAAGAUAACGAGCAUUAAAUGCACUUAUACACUUUAUUUAAUGCUUAAUAUUCAUUUAAUACCGUCUAUUAAUCAAAUUGGUACAAAUACAAAACAAUCAAUAACGUUAGCACCGAAGACCGAUACCAUAUUUUACAAGUUUCACACCGAUAUAGCAAUAGUACAAUAUACGAUUAGUCUAUGGAAUUGUAAAGUUAAUGGUACCCUUGUUAAAAAUUGCCCAAUUAUAAUAUCAGCAGCGGCAAAUCGUAUACCAUCUCGUUUAGAGGAGAAUAAAGUAUGUUGUCUUUAUCGGGUUGUUUUUCUAAAUGAGGAAGAUUGCUUCGAACCAUUACCAAAACCAUCGCCAAGCAGUAAUUUCCCAAUAGAUGUUCGUCUUAACGCAACUACUAGUGAAGAUGCUCUAGUUUCUAACGAAGCGUUAUCAACUUCGAAUAGGUCUAUUAUUAAUUAUUGUCCGAAAUUUGGUAGGAGUUGGAAAAAAAGGAAUCACUUCUAUAUCACUGACGGUCCUAUAUUAACAUUUCUAUUGAGUGUAAAACGAUAUCUACAAGAUGGAGGUUAUUUAUACUUUCGUACAAAAUUGAUUGAAACAAAGCUGAUAAAUGGAACUGAAUCCGUUAAUGUUAUUCUUUGCGUUCAACCAAACGAGAUGCCUAUUAAGAAUAAAGAAAUAAACUGCAAAAAAUAUAGCUACAAUGUAAACGAAACUGAAAUCUUUCAAGUUUUGCCCUAUCCGCAAUACGGUAUAUGGUAUUUUUCCAUUUCUAUACAAUGCUUCGAUUCUAACGGCUAUAGAGGUGAAUGUAACGGAAGUUAUGCUGUCCUCGAAUUGUCUAAAAAAGCCGAGUAUAAGGAAUGCUAUCAAAAUUGUAAUAACCAUGGAAAAUGCCUAAACUUUAUUAACGAUAUACAACAAACAACUCAAUGCCAAUGCGAUUCUGGACGGUUUGGUUAUGUUUGUCAAAAUGGUCUAAAAACUAAAGAUUCUGUUCAAAUACUUUAUACUUUACUACUUGUAUUGACGAAUCUUUUCUUUAUACCAUCUAUAAUACUAGCCUUAAAAUUCCGCUUAUUUCCUGCGGCUAUUAUCUAUUUUCUCAACAUGUUCUUCUCGGCUUUCUAUCAUGCGUGCGAUAUGGAUCACUGGUCAAAAUAUAAAUUUUGUUUAAUGCAGUACUCUGUAUUAAGUUUUGGAGAUUUUUAUUGUUCUAUUUGGUCGUUUUGGAUAACUUUAAUGAGUGUAUCCGAACUGAAGAAUAGUAUAAUAUUACCAAUUAAUUCGGCUGCAGCUAUUCUUCUAGCUGUGGGUGUUCAAUGGAAUAUGCACGGUUUCCUAACAUACAUUAUACCAAUCUCUCUGGGAGGUAUUAUUGUUCUUUUAGCAUGGAUUAUCGCCGGAUAUAGGCAGAAGAAAUGCUAUCCCGGAUGUAAGAGAGGGCUAUUUAUGCUACCUGGUAUAAUUCUAGCUGGAGUUGGGUUAUGUGUUUAUGCAUUUGUAGAAACAGACGACAACUAUCCGUUUACGCAUAGCUCAUGGCAUGUUUGUAUGGCUCUGUCAAUUAUUUUCCUACUCCCAAGACGUCCUAGGGAAAAUACUAAUCGGCAAAUCGAUUGUCUAGAUCUGUUUAAAUUCCCAAAUAAAAGCCACAAUUACACCUUCCCUCAAAUGGACAAUCUAAGUAACGACGUUCCACUGGUAGUCGACACUUAA